AAUGGAACUUCGCGCCCGAGCAUCAUCUAUACGAAUCUGGAAGUGAAUGCAAGUGCAAGUCCGCACAAUAUGCCUCUCCAUCUACUCGGCAAGAAAUCUUGGAAUGUCUAUAACACAGACAACAUCGAGCGCGUUAAGCGCGAUGAGGCGAUCGCAGCAGCACAUGAGGAGGAGGUUGAUAGGAUUAUGCAAGAGCAUGAUGCUGCGAAACGACUUGCGAUACUACGUGGCGUGACCCCUCCGCGAACGCCAACACCACCACCCGCCCCCGACUUCAGAAAUCACGAUAAGCCACAAGAUGUACACCGGAUAGUAGAGGGCUCAAGUGGACGAGAGAGGAAGAAGAGGAAGCUUGCAGGCGAGGAUGACACAGAUCGAGACAUCAGGCUGGCGAGGGCCAAGCGAGAGGACGCUGAUGCAGCUAGAGAGACGGUUACAGAUGACGCAUCAAGGAAUAAAAUGAUGAAAAACGCCCAGUUGUAUGAUCCGAAGGGCCACAUGAACCUGUUUGCUGUUGAUGAGAAAGAGGUUCGCAAAGCCCAGAAAGAAGCCGAGAUUGCCGAAGAGAAGCGCAAGAAGAAACAAGAGGCUGAGCAAGCCAACAGUAUGCGGUUUUCUGAUGCUGAAGGGAGAGGCAAGGCGCUGGACAAGGGACCUUGGUAUGCUUCAGGCACCAAAUUAGUACACGCCACUCAGGGGGAUUCUGGUGCUGUCGGUGUUGCCAUAUCAGCAGAAGAAGAGUCGUCCAAGAACGUAUGGGGUCGGCCUGAUCCGAACCGGAAAUCACGAGAUGCAUCAAGGGUGGUGUCAAAUGACCCCCUGGCCUUCAUGAAAAAAGCUCAGGUGCAGCUCAAGCAAGUGGAAAAGGAUAGACAGAGCUGGGUAGAACAAAGGGAAAAGGAGGAUAUAGAGUUGAGGGCCACUGCAAAAAGUCAAAGAAAGCACAAGAGUCGACGCUCCCGUUCAAGAAGCCGGAGUCUUGACGGCUUUCGCCUUGAUGCCACACAGGACGACCCCAACGAUUCCCACGAACGACGAUAUAAGGCGUCGAAGCAUCGUGAAUACAGAGAUAGGAGCCCUAGAUGUAGGACCACCGAACAUGAGCGGCAUAAGUCCUCUCGUCGCCGCCAUCAUCGCAGCCGAAGUCGAGAUCACGGGCGGAGAUACAGCAGAGAGCGACCUAGACAUCGGGACAGGACUUCCAAUUCCCAUCAUUAUGGAUGAUUAUUACGUCUGUCUCAACACGGCUAAGUACUAGAACACGCUUUCGACCGCCAUGUAACGUCCACCUCCUCUCUAGAUCUCGAUUAUCCGCCCCCUUCACUUCACUUGAUACAUUACUGCGCUCAGAGCCCCAUUAGUCCAUUGUUACGCAUAACGCGCUCCACGCUCCACGUGGCUGGGUAGCGC